AUGAAGAGAGCAGCCGGUGAUCAGAAACCACCUUUGGCACCAAAACCAAAGGUUCUCCCUGCACCCAAGCACACAGAACAUCCACCUGCUUCAAAACUGUGUGUGUACCAGCCUUCCUCAGUGGCUGUUAGAUGCAAAGUGAAGCCUGAUGUGGCACCAAAACCAUGUCCCUCCAAACUUCAAGCUGUUUUACAACAAAAGUCUGUCACAAAGAACAUCUGUGCUCUAAAUUUGAGAAAUGAAGCGCACACUGGGAACAACAAGCCGGACUGGGAUUACAUCAUUCCCAUCUGUGUAUGCACUGACCGAAACUGUGCCGAUUGCUCACCAAAGCAAAACAACCAAAAUGUUCGUCAACAAAGUCCUGAUAACUAUAAGGCAGGCGAAACCGAAGGACCCCAAAAGAACCCAUCCAAACCUCUGUGGAGAACACCAGAAGAACAGAAGGAUUUAGUGACCCCUACUUCCUCGAAGUGCAUCCCUGAACACAGUUCAUCCAAUAGUGAUCAUUUCCAUCCAACUGAAGAACCUCAGAAAACAUCCCAGAACACACUGAAGGCACAUCAGAGUGGUUCUGAGAUGCAAACGACCAGGAAACACCAAAACUGCAUUGUCUCUAGUGUUAAUUCAGCUGUUGAUGGUGAUCCAGAACCUCUAGAUUGUCGGCAAGCCACAAAUAGUGCGCAAUAUUGUCAGUUCCCUACUAAGCCACCUGGGAAAGCACCACCAGCAGUCAUGCAGCGCAAAACUAAGAAGAAACAAUCCAACAUUGUCCUUCAAGAGUCAACAGGCCUCACCAAUACAGAGCUUACUGUCUUACCUGUUGAUGAAAACAAUCCAGAUCCGUUACAGAGAGAAAGUCCUAAUAACGUGGACAUCAAUGCUGUAAGACGUUAUAGAGAGAACAGAGAUCCUCAGAACCUCACAUGCACCAGCCAGGGCCCUCAGACACCUGCCCCACGCCAGAAGAUCCCUCAGAUGAAACAAAACAAAACCCAGGAUGCUGGUGUACAGGCCACUGAGAAGAAAGCACUAAAUCUGGAUGUAACCCCUGAGGUUGCUGAGAGUUCAGUGUCAAGCGAUAAACUCCUGAAGAAGAAGACCCAAAAACCUGGAGCUGAUGGCCGUAGACACGAGAACAUUGGGGCUACUGAACUUCCAUACAGAAACGAUGGAAAAAAUACUGAAGGACAUCCUCCUCUUUCAGUUGAGAAGAAGCAAGCAAGCGAUGUACCAAACAAGAAGAGACUCAAGCCGAAAUCCAAGUCCUUAUCGUCAGCAGACACCCAUAAACCCCAUGGGCUCAAGAAGACCUCCUUUCUCAGGAUCAUGGACCUUGACCAUGUCAAAAAGGAGCCCAAGUUAUCCGUCAAGAGUGGACAAGCUGUCGAUCUCACUCCUGUUAUGAAUGAGCAGACGGUGGACACGGAGGACAGCCAGAGCAAAAUCUGCUCUCAGAAACCGCUUCCACUGCACUGUGGACGUCCAGAUGCACUGAAACUGAGGCAAGCAGUGAAUGGGAACAUAUUAGGAGUCGAGCAGAAUGGAGAUGAAGAUCUAACCAAUGUUGGUGAAUCUGAAAAUGUAUAUGAAGAUAUCCCAAAAUAUGAAAACCCAGCUUCUUUUAGCACUGCAGUGGCACAGGAUGCCAAUAAAUACCAAUGCCAGUCUUCAAAAUAUGAGGACGAAGGUAUUUAUGAAGUUCCUGAUGUGUUCCCUGAACACUAUGUAGAUGCCAAAGAGCAGCCGUUUCUUGAAAGGAAUGUGUUGGAAGAAGUGCAGGAAGUGGACGAUACGCAUUCAGAAGAAGAUGAAGGCAGCUCAGAAGACGAGGAUAACACCAUCAAUAGAGAAAAACAGACUGAAGUGAAGAAGACCAAGGCUGCGCACAUUGUUAAUGAGAUCUUGUCUUCUGAGAAAAUAUUUGUGAGAGUUCUGAAGCUCCUCCAUGUAGAUUUCCGUGACGCGGUGCUGAAGGCCUCCUGUCAGGCGGGGAAACCCGUAAUGGACGAGCGAGUCCUGAACCAGAUCUUGUGUUAUUUGCCGCAGCUGUACGAGCUCAACUGUGACCUGCUGAGAGAGCUGGAGGAACGGGUUGCUCACUGGAAUGAGCACUGCAUUGUAGCGGACAUAUUUGUGAAGAAGGGCCCGUAUCUUAAAAUGUACUCCACUUACAUUCGUGAGUUCGACAAGAAUGUGGCCCUUCUAGAAGAGCAGUGCCGGAAAAACUCAGCGUUUGCAAAAGCCGUCCAAGAGUUUGAGAGCCAUCCAUGCUGUGCAAACCUGGCAGUGAAACAUUACAUGCUGAAACCCAUCCAGAGGAUUCCUCAGUAUCAGCUUCUCCUGACCAGUUAUUUGAAAAAUCUAGAUGAAGAAUCGGCAGACUACAAAGAUGCAGAAGCUGCCCUGAUUAUAGUAAAGGAGGUGGCUAAUCAUGCGAAUGAAAUCAUAAGAUACGAGGAUAACUGCCAGAAGCUGUACGAGGUUCAGUGCCGCCUAACUGGGCAUCAAGUGAUCGUUCAACCAGGACGGGUUUUGUUAAAGGAAGGGAUCUUGAUGAAGCUCUCCAGGAAGGGGAUGCAGCCUCGAAUGUUCUUCUUACUGAAUGAUAGUCUUCUGUAUACCACGCCAGUAGCAGCGGGGAAUUUCAAACUGAACAACACGCUGUCAUUGGCUGAGAUGGAGGUCAGUAAACCUAGUCAGGAGGGGUAUCAGAACGAGCUAAACAUUGAGAGUGUUGAACGAUCUUUUAUUUUAUCUGCCAGCUCUGCUGCAUGUCGAGAUGAGUGGCUUCAGGCCAUAUCCAGCGCAAUCGACAAUUACACCAAGAAAGAGACCACCUUCAUCUCGGUCAGAAACCCUGAGAUGGCAACCCAAGAUGUUCCAGACAGCGGGGCCCAGCUGGGAUCCAAAGCCCCGAUAUGGAUCCCGGACCUGAGGGUCACUAUGUGCAUGAUCUGCACCUGUGAGUUCACCCUGACCAGGAGACGCCACCACUGCAGAGCCUGUGGGAAGGUUGUGUGUCAGGCCUGUUCAACUAACAAACAUCCGCUGAAAUACCUGAAGAAUCAGCUCGCGCGAGUUUGCGAUCUCUGUGUCUCUGUUUUGCAGCAGAAUAGUUCAGGUUCACGACGCAAACACAAUCACACAGAAACUUGA